AUGGCCCAAGAGGACAGAGACUCAGACUUGGAGGCAGGGGAUGAAGGCGGCAAGAGUCUGCCACACCACAGCAGUUCCGGCUCAACGCGCCGCUCCACGCCCUCCCUGGCCGCAUUGUCUAUCCAGAGCGUUGCCCAUAACCUCUCGGGCCACAACAAGGAUAAGCUCAAGCAGACCGGCAAGCAGCUCAGCCUCAUCCACUCCCUCAUCAUCUGCAUCAACAAGGCCCACCGGCAGACUAUCCGCGGCCCGUCUUGCGCCCUCGUAUACCUUCUACCCCUUGCCCAAUUAUCUUGUGGCCAGGCCUAUUCCAGGAUUGAAAUGCACACCGUUUUGUGCUGA